AUGUCUUCAUCCCUCCCGCAGUCCUACGCCGCCCUCCCCUUCCGGGACAUCAAGCUGUCGCACCACCCGGCCUCGUCGCCGACGCCGACGCCCGUCGUGGUGGUGACGCUGCACCGGCCGGGCCGGCACAACGCCUUCACCCCGACCAUGAUGGAGGAGCUGGAGCGCACCUUCGCCCUGGUCGACGCCGACGACCGCGUGCGCUGCGUCGUCGUCACGGGCCACGGGUCCGUCUUCUGCGCCGGCGCCGACCUCGACCUCGGCUUCGUCGGUGGGAAAGAGAAGAUUAAUGAUCAUCGUGAUGGCGGCGGCCGCGUCGUCCUCGCCAUCCACCGCUGCCGCAAGCCCGUCAUCGGCGCGCUGCAGGGCGCCGCCGUCGGCGUCGGCAUCACCAUGACGCUCCCCAUGGCCAUCCGCGUGGCGCACCGCGACGCCAAGGUCGGCUUCGUCUUCGCGCGGCGCGGCCUCGUCAUGGAGGCGUGCUCCUCGUACUUCCUGCCGCGCCUCAUCGGCCACUCGCGCGCCGCGCACCUGACCACGACCGGCGCCGUCUACCGCGCGGGCGACCCGCUGCUCGGCCCGCUCUUCACCGAGCUGUGCGACCGCCCCGGCGACGUGCUGCCGCGCGCGCUGGCCGUCGCCGGCGACGUCGUGGCCAACACGAGCGUCGUGAGCACCAAUCUGAUGAAGGAGCUGAUGUGGAGGGAUGCCGGGAGCGCCGAGGCGCAGCAUUUGCUCGAUUCGCGCAUCCUGUACGAGCUGUUUAGUAGCAAAGAUAACAAGGAGGGGGUCCAGUCGUUCUUGGAGAAGAGGCCUCCGAAAUUCAGCGAUACCAUGGAGAACGAUGCUCCUGCCGCCUAUCCGUGGUGGAGCCCUGUCGACACGUCGGGAAAACCAAAAUUGGGACUGGAUGCCAAAUCAAAGCUGUAG